AGUGUCACUGACUGAUCACUGAGCAAGUAAUUGUUUUAACAAUCAUGUACUGGAUUGGUUGGUUAUUUACAACUUUUUGUUUAUCUUUACAAGUGCAGAACGCUUAUUGUUUGUUAAAAGACGAAUGUCUUCAAGAAGGAAUAUUGUCAGAUGAAAAGUUAAUAUCACUUUCUAAGCGUAUCGUUCCUAAUUUAUACAGAUCAAGUAAAGGUGAUUCAGGUAAAAUAGGAGUAAUCGGUGGUUCUUUAGAAUAUACUGGGGCUCCAUAUUUCGGGGCCCUAUCAGCUUUAAGGGUUGGUGCAGACUUGGUUUAUGUUAUAACAACAGAACAAGCUGCUCCUGUGAUAAAAUCGUAUAGUCCAGAUUUAAUAGUUUAUCCAUAUUUCAGUAGAAAUCAUGCUACAAAUAUCAACAAAUUAUUACAGAAAUUUGAUGUUGUCGUAGUUGGUCCCGGUGUUGGAAGGGAUGAAGAACAAAUUAAAUUAGUAUUGGAUAUAAUUCAAGCUUGCAAAAUCAUGAAAAAAGCUCUAGUCAUAGAUGCCGAUGGAUUAUACGCAGUGUCCACAAAUGUGUCCGUUUUAAAUGGAUAUCCAGCUCCUGGGGUAAUUCUUACUCCUAACAGCAGAGAAAGUAUCAAGUUAAACACUGCUAUAAACAAUAAUACUGACGGUCAAUGGCAUAGAUACUGGGGAGAUAAUGUAUCUGUUUUGGUCAAAGGCCACCAAGAUACAUGUUAUUGUAACAUCGAUAAGUUUAAAUGGGCUUUAAUAGGUGGGGGAUCUGCACGGAGAGUAGCGGGGCAAGGUGAUAUUCUAGCCGGUGCCUUAGGAACUUUUUUUAAUUGGGCGUUGAAAGCAGAUCUGUGUGAAAAUGAGCAAUCAACACUACUUGCUCAAAGUGUGGCGAUGUAUGCUGCAUCUACAUUUACACGCGCCUGUAACUUAAAAGCAUUCAAGGAAAAUGGUCGCAACAUGAUUGCGUCUGAUAUGCUGAAAGAAAUACCAUCGGCAUUCAACGAAAUCUUUACCAAAAUCUGAUAAUAUUUAGUUCUCCUUUUGGUGCAAUGAGCACAGCUCAUUAAUUAUUAAAUCUUUUUCCACCAAA